GAUAUACGGGGGAGCGUACACAGAGCGUUGAAAAAUAACACCAGAGCGCACCAACAUUCACCGCACCAGACGAUUUUUGGUUUUGUCAAAAAGAGUGCUGUGUUUAGUGAGAGUUUAUUGUCUCGCGGGUUCGGUCUUUCGGUAUCCGGGCGAAAUAAAAGUUAUUUUUUAUGAAAAUAUAAAAAUUAAUGACACAAAAAUUUUCAUUUCAUAAGGCAUUACACCUUGUGCAGAAAGAUUUAGUGAUGCGGUAUAUAAUUGUAUUCCCAGGACAUGUCGAAGAUUCUUUACUUUAAAGCCGAGUAAACGUAACAUUGCCCAAGGGAACGUGCGGUUUUCCUUGUUGUUUUUUUUUAUUCUGUUGCUGGCUUUUGUGUAUACGGGGAUUUUUUUGAUUUUAAUUUGUUUUCGUUGCUAGAUAUAACAUUUAUGUUCUGUGAUGUUGCCAUUUUUCGAGAUAAAGUUUGUUAGGAAAUUCAUGAACGCCAACAUGUAAAAUCGUUAAAAUGCUCGUACAUCAACGUUGUAUAUUUUGUGCGGAGAAAUGUUUGUAAGGGUUUUCAUGAACUUUUUUUUUUCUGAGACAAACAACAAAGACGUGACUGGAAUUUCUUAUUCGAUUAAGGGAUAUCGUUAUUGUUGUUGUUGUUUAAGUUGUCUUUGGUUUUAAUGCUACAACACAGAGCCUGUAUGGUACCUAUAAACCUUGUGCAAAGAGAAGAAUGUGUGUAUGAUGUGCAUAACUAUAUGCUGUAUGUACCAUAAACUGAAAAAGGUAAUGCUCAUAUAGUAAACAAAAAGCACGUUGGAUUUUCCGAAAAUACGAACUUAUACUGAAUUAUUAAUAGCGUGUGUGAGUGCUUCCAUAGACAGUGACGUCGGACAUAGUGAACGAGUAAUAGUCAAAAAAAUAAUCAUUUUCAAAUCGAAUGAAUGCUUAAAUCGUCCUCCACAAAAACAGUUUAACAGCUGAGUGAAUUGAGAUUAUAAAAACCACAUCGUAGCAGCUAAAUAAACAUUUUUUUUGUUAAAUUUUUUCAUGUCGAGUAAUUUAUUUAAAAAAAAGCAUAACAAUCGAAUCGUAAUAGUGUACGUCGUGCUUGAUGUCGUACUUAUGAUGUCGCGAAUGUGAUGUGGAUAAAGGCAAUUUUUCAAAUGGAAAUUGUUGGGCUUUUUAUCUUUUCGUAGAGAGGAAAACGUGCUUAACAAUGCCUAUUCAAUGGAUGUGUUUAUUGUUGUUUUCAGUUGAAAUAAAAAUGAUUUUAUCGCUGAAUACCAGAAGCAUAGAGGAUGAAAAUGUGCCGAUAAUGCAGACCGAAGCGGUACAAUCCGCAAUUGGAAGACUGCCAUGUAACGUCACACCACCCGUUGCCGAAGAUAAAAUAACUCUAGUCAUAUGGUACAAAGAAAUGUACUCAACACCCAUAUACAGCUUUGACGCUCGUGAUUCCAAUUUGGAAAAGGGAUCGCAUUGGGUGGAUGAUAAGACAUUGGGCGGACGUGCAUAUUUCCAGGCGGCUGCAAAUCCUGCCACACUGACAAUAGAGUCUAUGAAAAGUAUAGAUUCCGGAAUAUACAGAUGUAGAGUGGACUUUUUGAAAAGUCCCACACGGAAUUCCAGGGUACAGCUGAAAGUAAUAAUUCCACCAGAAAAGUUACUCGUUUUGGAUGAACGGGGAGAUCAUAUUCCCCAUUACAUAUUGGGUCCCUACAAUGAGGGUUCAACAGUAAAUAUUAGUUGUGUUUCUAUGGGAGGUCGGCCAUUACCGAUUGUAACAUGGUGGCAUGAAGGCACACUUCUGGAUGAUACUUCACAGGUCUUAUCCGAGAAACGAGUAAAAAAUGUGCUACAACUGAAAAAGCUGGAACGACGUCAUCUUCACAUGGUAUUCACAUGUCAAGCAUCAAAUAAUAAUGUAACCAACCCAAUCAGUAGUUCAGUCACGUUGGAUAUGAAUUUGCGACCACUAUGGGUGAAAUUGCAAGGAGAAAAUCGUCCAUUAUCGGCCGACAAUACGUACAAUCUGGUGUGUGAAGUAUGUGGUUCGAGACCAGCGCCGGUAAUCACUUGGUGGAAAGGAAGUAUGCCUAUGAGGAAUACACGUGAGGAGAUUUCUCAAGAUGGCAAUAACACAAAAUCGAUAUUAAGUUUCACGCCAACAAUAGAUGACAGAGGAAAAUUUCUCUCGUGUCGUGCCGAACAGUCAUUAAUACCUGAUUCUGGAAUUGAAGACGGCUGGAAAUUGGAUAUUUAUCAUACACCCGUCGUUACGUUGGAGUUUGGUACAAAUUUAAAUUCAACCUCAAUACGCGAGGGAGCCGAUGUGUAUUUCGAAUGCAACAUAAAAUCCAACCCAUGGGUAUACCGAGUCAGUUGGCGUCAUAACGGUAAAGCGCUAGACAAUAGUGUGCCGGAGGGGAUAAUUGUUGCCAACCAGAGUUUGGUAUUGCAAAAUGUGAGCCGAGCUAGAUCUGGUCUGUACACAUGUGUUGGUAGCAAUCGUGAGGGCGACGGCGAAAGUACAAUUAAUGUCAACAUAAAAUUUCCGCCAGUUUGUCGACCGGGCCAGAAAAAUAUUUACAGUACCGGGCGCCACGAAACGGCUAAAGUGGUGUGCGAAGUGGAAGCCAAUCCCUAUGACAUAACGUUUCAUUGGAAAUUUAACAAAACACAUAACGCACUGGAAUUUGUCGACAUACCAUCAUCUCAUGUUGCCGUGGAUCGACUGAAAUCAACAGCCCACUAUACUCCGCUAACUGAACACGAUUAUGGUACCCUUUUGUGUUGGGGCAGCAAUGAAAUUGGCACACAAAUGGAGCCCUGUGUGUACAACAUUAUUCCAGCAGGUAGACCAGAUUCUCUUACAAAUUGUACCAUAUUGAAUCAAACAUACAAUGGAUUUCAAAUUGAAUGCAUUGAAGGUUUUGACGGUGGUCUUCCGCAGGACUUCGUUAUUGAGGUUUAUACAGUUGGAAAUCGACAAAAUCCAAUAAUCAUAAAAUCAAAAGUUCCUUAUUUUGAAUUGAAAAAUUUGAAUUCCGGUGCUGGAUACAAUGUGUUUAUGAUAGCCCAGAAUCGAAAGGGUCGCAGUAAUUCGACCGUUUUGCAAGUGUACACGCUAAAAAAUCCGGAAAAACAAACCGAUUUAUCAUUGGCAUCUGGACCGGCCAUUGAAAAUAUGAAACCGUUUCUGGCUAUACUGUUAGGCAUUGUCGGUGGUAUGAUGUUCAUUGCCAUCGUUAUUGUGUUCAUCGUUCGAAUGCGCGGGUCAUCCGGUCGAGAUCGAAAUAAUUGUGAAACGACGACGUACACCACAACGACGACGACAAUGCAAAAUGGUCAACGGAAUGUGCAGACAACACAAGAUAUGGGCUUAGCUAGAAAUUUAUGUAACGACAGUGUGGAGAGCAUUGAGAAGAAUCCGGAUAUAAUACCACAAGGCAACAAACUUGACGAUAAGGACGAAGACGAAAAAGGUUUCGAGUGGAUAAAUAAUAGCAAUCAUCCAAGAAUGUAUGCAACGGCUGCUGUUGCUGAACAAAAUUUGGCGAACUCAACGUCAACGUAUAAUCCGUUCAAUAUAAACAGCCAGAACUGCACUAGCUUGAAACAGCAGCAACAACACCAGCAGCAGCAGCAACAUCAUGCUUUUCCAACUUCGCAACAUCAAACAUUUAUCACAAAUUAUAGCACCAUGGUUCCACAUAGCAAAUAUAAUCACAUACACAAGGACCUUACAUACGCAGAACUAUCUGCAGCAUCACCGACACAACGAAUACCAUACGCGACAGCAACAUUAGGUAGACCAUCUAGAACAGCCGAUUUUAAACGCCACGAGCCAACGAUUUACGCUCAGAUCGAUUUGGCACACCCGCAUACAAUGUAUGCCACUAGUCCCAUGUAUGUGACAAGCAGCGCAACGGGAGUAACAAUGUCACACCCAUCACAGUUGUUAACAACAUUUCCACCACCACCAUUGUUUGCCAAUAAUCCAACAAAUAAUUUAAUAAACAAUCCUGCCAUACCGCCGGCUUGUUUUGCUGAAAUGCAUAAAACCUCACUGCAACCUGUGCCCGAAGUACCAGCAUCUACUUGCACGGGUAGUCUUAACUCGGAUGAUAAAGGGCCUACAAGCGGUACGAGAUUCUGACGGUAAAGCGAUUUUUUUUAGUGUAUAAAUUUUGAACAGUGCAAGCUGGAAUGGAAUGAUUAUUAUUUAUAUAAAUAGAACUUAUAGAUAAUAAAUAUAAACCAGUCAGAUAAAUGAUAGGUGAAUAUAAAGAGUUAAUGUUUUUUGAAGUAAUAUCAAGUGAUUUUAUACGCAUUCACAAUUUAUAUAAUAAAACAAAAAACCAUAAAUAAAAUUGAAACAAAACAAAAAAUUAUUCAACAAUCAGCUACAGAAACGAUGUGGACGACGGUAGAAAGUUACUGAAUUGUACUGAAAAUGAAAUUCAUAUAAAAAAUUUAUAUUAUAAACAGAGAUUAUGUUUUCAUAAUUAAAAAAUAAGCAAAAAAAAUAUUCGAAAAUUAUUUUUGAAUUUUUCCAUAAUAUCGACCGUUUGUACAUCCUUUAAACAUUGUCUAUUUAAUGAUGUUGAUAUAUAUACGUGAUAAUAGUUUAUUAACAACUACAGUCGAUGGGUUUUAAAACAAUAAAAAAACAUUA